AUGUCCUUGAAAACAGGACUAUUCUUCACCCUGCUCUUGUUUACCCUUCGAGCUACCAGAACCAAAGACCCAAGCAAAGGCAACUUAUUUGGGGUCAGAAAUGUCAAACAUCAGCAAUUCUUAGAGUCUACACACCCAGCCAGGCAGCUGCCAGCUUCUCAAGGCUCAACCAAACAUCAAGUGAAGAGAUCAACGCUAUUUAACACAGGAGUCAAAAUAUGUCCUGAAGAGAACAUGGCUGAGGUCAUAGCCAGCCAUAUAGCAUACUACAAACUGAGAGUCUGCCAGGAAGCUGUAUGGGAAGCAUUCCAGAUUUUUCUGGACAGAGUACCUGAUGCUGUGGAGUACCAUGAGUGGAUGAAUACAUGUCAGAGAGACUCACUGUGUAUAGACGACUUGGCUCGGAACUUCAGUAGCAACCAGGAACACAUAGAUAUGGUAACUAAGAGCCUACUGACAACCACAAAGAUUCAAAAUGAACCUAAGAGUGCCCUGGCCACAUCUGCACCAGGCAAGAAAUGUUUAAAACACUCUGCAGAGCUAAAUGCCAUGAAAACAGAAAAGAGCAGUGCUCCAUCUAUGAAGCAUGUAAUAGAGUUCAGUGUGAAAGUGAAGGACACAGGCUAUAGUGAGCUGCUGAAAGACCCUGGAUCAUUACAGUAUCAAGAUGCUACUCGUCAGCUUCAAGAGCAGAUGCUGCAAAAUUUCAAUAAACUACCUGGGUUUAAGGAGAUAAGACUGUUGGAAAUUCAACCUGGGGGAGUUGGCUUGCACUGUGCAGUGAUUUUUGAGACAGAACCAGACUUGACAGAAGCAGGGUCCUCAGAGACUUCUGGUGAAACUGCCACAGAAAUAGUCCUGAAAGACAUGAUAUUGACAAUCCUAAGGAAGGAUAUUUCCCUGGCUCUGGAUAUUGUUUUUCUCAGCACUGACCCAAACAGAACAACAGAUAUUACAAGAUAUAAACAUGGAGAUAUUAGCACAGAAGCUACAGUCAACAUCUAUACAGAGGGUUCUAGAGCAAUAGGUGCUUCUGAGGAAAAUGAUGAGGUGAUGGAGAACACUACUCAGAAAAUUUCACCUCCAGUAACUGCCGUGGUAACAGAUUCGUCACCACCUACAGGCACCAACUGGAGGAAUCUGAGAAGAGAAAUAUCACUGAGGCCACAGGAACCACGGCAGAGGCCUAUAAUGAAAACAGGAUCUGACACUGUUGUAUCUUUAAACAUCCCUUCAGAAGCUUCAGAAAUCAGCAGUGAUACUGCGAGCGCUGAGGGGCCUAGCGGAAGUGAUCCUAUUAAGUUAAUGUUUUCUUCAUUAUCCAGCACUGUGGAAACCAUUCAACCUGUGCAAUCUGGCACAACACCUGAUUCCGCUCUUCCUGAAACCAUACAGCGUGCCUCACCAAUUACUUCUGGAAACAUCUUCUAUAAGGGAAAGCAUCAAACAAAAGAAUGUGAGAGAAAUGACUACGGCAACAAAUUGCCUUUUGAAACAGAGAAGGAUCCACAGUUAUCUGUUCCUACUUUAAACACUAUUACACCCAUAAUCAUGGCUCCCAACCACACCAAUGGCCUAGUGGUGUUCUUCAGUCUGCAGGUGACCAAUUUGAUGAUCUCAGAGGAUUUUUUUAAUGAAAGUUCUUUGGAAUACAAAUCCCUAGAGAACACUUUUCUCGAAUUGAAGCAAUUCUCUGAAACCAGUAACCAAGGGACCUCCAGUGAACAGACUCAAAGGGGACAGCAGAUAUUAGCCUCAAUACUAUUUCUCAUGCAUUUACAAUCCAAUAUGACUGGGUUAAAUGAGCUGUACAUCUUCAGCUUCAGAAAUGGCAGUGUGGUGGUAAACAGCAGGACGAAGUUAGUAAAACCAGUGUUGCAGAACGUUACCAAGAAUGUACAGUGCAUACUAGAAGAUUUCUGUAAUAACGCUUCUAAUAGACUAGAUGUUGAAAUUAAUGCCCAGUCAGUAGAUGUUGCUGCAGCUGAACAUAAUGAUCCAUGCUGGUACAUGGACUGUAAUGAGUUCUCUCACUGUGUGGUGAACACAUUGACCACUGAGGCUGAGUGUGUAUGUGACCCUGGCUACAGAGUGGUGGAUGGUCUGCGCUGUCAGAGCAUAUGUAAUCUCGAGCCCAACUACUGCCUAAAUGGGGGUUUAUGUGAAAACAUACCAGAACUUGGAGUGACUUGCAGAUGUCCUGUAGGAAAAUACUGGUACUAUCAAGGAGCACGCUGCAAUGAACUGUUGUCUCUGCCAGCCGACCCAUUUCUUUUUGUAGCCUGUCUGGUUCCAACCAUCAGCAUGCCUAUCACAGCACAAACCAGUGUCAGACUUCCAAGUCUGACACUGGUUUGUGCUGUGAUAGGCAUGCUGAUUUUCAUUAACAAGAAAUGUAUACGAACCAGAAAGACAGUGACACUAUCGAAUUCACACUCGUCCCUCCCACUGGGGGGCAUUAUGAGAGUAAAUCCAGUUUAUGAGAAUGAUGAGAAUAUCCUGACUUGCGUAUCAAGCAUCAGCUAUUCCAGAACCACUGAUUCUGGGUCAUCUAAAUCCUCUGACCUGGGUACUUUUCAGUCAGUUAAAAACAUACAGCUUGAUCCUAAGGAGUGUAGGCUGUCUAAUGAACACAGGAUGUUGUGUUGUCUUCCAAGGCAAUCUGACAGUGGAGGACUUCAAGUGACUGUGUUAUGA